AUGUCUGAACCUAGUAGAGAAUGGACGCACAGAACCAACACCAGGCCCAGAGCGGGGGGGGUGGGCGCCUCCGGAGUGGAAGUCCAGACUGUGAUGAGUGCUAGGAGGAUACUGAGGGUGCCAGAGAUUCCGUGGAAGCCCCCCCCCACCACCACCACCACCACCACCACCACCACCACAGCCACCAUCGCCUCUUCCUCCGCCUCUACGGCUGCCAAUGACACCCAGCUCACUCCCGCAAGGGAGGCUAGAUCUGACCCUGAGGAGUCCGGCGCUCACGAGGCGGGCGUGGGUGAUAGUGGGGUGGCCCCGCCUAUCCGUAGGCGCGGGAGGGAGGAGCCACGAGUGGGACUGUGGGAGAAGACCAAGGCAGCGGCCUUGAGGGGGGGCAAAGAGGCACCAAACAGCCUCAACGUGAAGGGGAUGCUUUCGGGGACGAAGAAGGCGAAAGAUUUGGAGACGCCUGAGCAGGGUGAUGCUGCCAGCGAUACCAUCGCCGAUGUCGACGUGGGGGCUGGCGAAGAGGACCCCACUGAACCAGGCGCACCUCCCCCUACCGUCAUCGACAAGCGGGGCCGAAAAGAGCCCUCAAAGGGUAGGGGAUGGAGCUGGCAGAGGACGCGGGCGCCGGCUUCUCGCGGUUCCUCGGGGGGUGUUUUGGUGUCAAGAGUGGCAUCAAAGGUUUAG